CACGGUUGGCACACAGCUGUCCAUGAGAACUCUCCGGCCUCACUUCAGAAGCACAGGCACACAGAAAUCAGUGUCCUGUGCUGAGGUUGGAGUUGGCACCUCAAACAUUCCCUUCUCAACUUCUCAACCAUUCCUAUCAUCAACCCCAAUCAAGAGACCAUGCAAAAGGGCUCGCUUGGAACUGGAGGAGGAGGAAGAAGAGGAUCUAUUGGAGGGCAGUUCAUUCAUGGACAUUCCCGACCCCAAGGAUUCUACGUAUAAUCCUGUCACAGUUUUGUCUGAGUCAGUAGAUGUGACACUGGAGCCUUCCUGCCCUGUUCAUAAGACACCAACAUAUAUUGUCUAUGAAAAGUGUCUGAUGGAGCUGUUUGAGGUGUGCCCUGUCUGUCAGCGUGUUUCAGACGUUCAGACAAGAAGGAUAGGCACUUUCCUCUCUGUAGAACAGACAUGCCCACAUUGUCAGUUCUUCAGAAAAUGGAACAGCCAGCCAAUUCUGGGAAGCACACCAGCAGGAAACCUCCAGCUCUCAGCUGCAGUAUACACCACAGGAGCAUCUUUCUUUAAACUUGAAAAGAUCUUCCGGGCAAUGCAGCUGAAGAUGUUUCAGUAUGACACUUUUUGCCGUCAUGCACGGUCAUACAUAGAGCCUGCCAUCAUACACACUUGGAAGACUGUGCAGGACGGCAUGAUGAAGCAGCUCAGUCAGCAGGAGAGUGUUAUCCUAGGUGGCAGCUUAAGGGCUGACUCUCCAGGCCACUCUUCCAAGUUUGGCAGUUACUCAAUGAUGGACCUGAGGAGCAACACUAUUGUUGACAUACAGCUGGUUCAGAGCAACGAAGUCAGUGGAAGUUAUCACAUGGAGAAAGAAUGUCUGAAGAGGAGCCUUGCUCUCUUGGAGGCACGUGGUGUUGCAUUGGACAGCAUUGUCACAGACCGUCACCCUCAGAUCCAGAAGUUCCUGAGGGAGGCCAAAGUGACACAGUACUACGAUGUCUGGCAUAUUGAAAAAGGACUGUCCAAGAAACUGGUCAAGAUAGCCCAGAACAAAGACUGCGAGAAGCUGAAGAAGUGGCUUCGCAGCAUCAAGAACCAUGUGUACUGGACAGCAGCCUCCUCUACAUCAGGGCCAGAGAGAGUGGCUAAGUGGACAUCCAUUCUUAACCAUGUCCAAGACAUCCACACACAUGAAGAUCCUCUUUUCCCUCAGUGCUUGCAUCCGCAGCGCACCUCAAGAGACAAGAGCAAAUGGUUGACAGCAGGAACACCAGCUUUCUGCAGGCUCGAAAAGGCAUUGACUAAUAAGAGAAUUCUGAAAGAUGUGGAAAAGCUCAGCCCUCACUAUCAGACCUCAUCGCUGGAGGCAUUUCACAGCGUCAUUCUGCGGUUUGCACCCAAAAAUGUUGUCUUCCCAUACCUUGGAAUGUUAUGCAGACUCUACCUGGCUGCCCUCCAUUACAAUGAAAAUACUGACCGACCACAGGCAACAUCUACAAGUGGAGAGCUUCUGUUCAGAGUCAGCUUCCCCAAAUCUAAGCAUGGAGAAUGCACUGCAAAGCCUGUGAAAGCAGAGCCAACAUUCUACUACGUUGAUGCACUGUUGGACCUGAUCUUCGAGAAGGUUUUCCAGGACCCUGGCCCAUAUGUGAACAAGGUGCUGAAGCUUGCAAUCCCUGAAGACCUCUCGGCUCAGUAUGAAAGACCUGGCAAGCUGGACAUUAUAGCCAGUUACGUGACAAGGUUCAACCAAGGACAGGUCUGAACCCAGCAUACUGUCCUUCAGCUUCAGGGAACUCUCCACCAUCCACAGCACCACACCGGCAGGCAGCACAACUCUCACUCUCUGCCCCAGAAAUCCCCAGCACCAGCUUACAAAGCUUCUGUAGGCUAGGUAUCUAUAUUGGCUGGACACAAUUCAGUAGAAAGUCAGCACUGAAUGUUCACAUCCAUGGCAACUGGCAAGUUUAACUGUUACACUUUAGAUAUUUAUUUUGUAUGUCUACAAUUGUUUCUUUCAAUAAAACAUCUUUCCUAACUGUUCUGUGUGUUUUCAUUGUUUCAUAUGUAGUUUUGAUGUUACCAAGUUAAAGAUAGUAAAGAUAAACUAUAAGCAAUGUAAGAUAGAUUAAGCAGUUAUGUACUUCAUUACACUUUUGCAAUAAAUUCAUAAUAAUUAUGGUCCUAAAAAGCUUACCGCACUUUUCCCCUCAGACGUAAAGGUCCGUAGUCUGCCUGAUAAAUGUUCAGUGCAUUCUGCAGUGAAAACACAUUCAGGCAGACAGGUUCUAGGCCAGGAUGGUCCAGCAUGCAGGAUGGUGGCUCAGGAAGCUGCUGUAGUCUUCGUGUAACCUAGAAGUUAUAAAAGGAUGUCUGAUGAAGAGGACUGGGUGUCUGGAUGAAUUGUGCUUCCAUCCUUUUGCAGCAAGGAGCUUGCCAACUUGUGUUUGACACUCCUG